GUCAAAAGGCUUGGAUAGAAAAGACAUUUUUCAAAAGAGAAUGCAUCUACAUAGUUGCCAACAGCAAAGACAGCAACAGAUGUUGCUGUGGUCAGCUCAUUACGCAGCAUGUCCCACCUCCUCAGAAUGCAAUAGCCAACAAGACUGGAGAAGACAACAAACUGGAAGCUGUGCCUGAAAAAUGGUCUAUAGGUAAACACACCCAACUGAAUCCCACAGAUGCAUUCGGAAUACUGGAGUUCCAGGGAGGCGGACAUUCAAAUAAGGCCAUGUAUAUCCGGGUAUCUUACGAUACAAAGCCCGAUUCUCUACUUCACCUCAUGGUAAAAGAAUGGCAGCUAGAACUCCCUAAGCUUCUAAUCUCUGUGCAUGGUGGACUCCAGAACUUUGAAAUGCAGCCUAAACUAAAGCAAGUCUUUGGGAAAGGGUUAAUCAAAGCUGCCAUGACCACUGGGGCCUGGAUAUUCACUGGGGGCGUCAGUACAGGUGUAAUACGUCAUGUGGGCGAUGCCUUGAAAGAUCACUCUUCCAAGUCCAGAGGAAGAAUAUGUGCCAUAGGAAUUGCACCUUGGGGUAUUGUGGAAAACAAGGAGGAUCUUAUAGGAAAAGAUGUAUCAAAACCUUAUCAAACCAUGUCUAAUCCUCUGAGUAAACUAUCUGUAUUGAAUAAUACUCAUACACACUUCAUAUUAGCGGAUAAUGGAACACUUGGAAAAUAUGGAGCUGAAGUCAAAUUAAGACGCCAGCUAGAAAAGCACAUAUCACUUCAGAAAAUCAACACUAGGCUAGGACAAGGUGUACCCGUGGUAGCACUCAUUGUGGAAGGAGGUCCUAAUGUUAUUUCCAUUGUCCUUGAAUGCCUGCGUGAAGAACCACCUAUCCCUGUAGUUGUUUGCGAUGGAAGUGGGCGAGCCUCUGACAUACUAUCUUUUGCCCACAAAUACUCAGAGGAAGCAGGGAUAAUCAGUGAAUCUCUUCGUGAUCAGCUUCUUGUUACCGUUCAGAAAACAUUUAACUACAGUCGGAAUCAGGCUCACCAGCUCUUCAUCGUCCUAAUGGAAUGUAUGAAGAAAAAAGAACUGAUUACUGUUUUCCGAAUGGGAUCAGAAGGCCAACAAGAUAUUGAAAUGGCUAUCCUCACAGCCCUUCUAAAAGGAACAAACGCCUCUGCUCCAGAUCAGCUUAGUUUAGCAUUAGCAUGGAAUAGAGUUGACAUUGCACGCAGCCAAAUUUUUGUAUUUGGACAUCAGUGGCCGCCUUUAGGAAGCCUUACAACAGCUGAUGGGUCCAAUCUAGAUAAAGAAAAACGAUCACCUGUUCCCCAAACUAAGGCACCCAGAGGCAAAGGCAAAGGCAAAAAGAAAGGCAAAGGAAAAGAGGAACCAGAGGAGGAGACAGAUCCCAGGAAGAUUGAGCUUCUGAACUGGGUUAACUCUCUAGAACAAGCUAUGAUGGAUGCACUGGUUCUAGAUCGGGUGGACUUUGUAAAGCUUCUCAUUGAGAAUGGAGUCAACAUGCAAAGGUUUCUCACCAUUCCUCGUCUAGAAGAACUGUACAAUACUAGAUUAGGCCCUCCAAAUACGCUGCAUUACCUUGUAAGAGAUGUAAAGAAGAGAAUCACUAGGGGAUUCGGAUGGGUUAACAUGGAGGGUAACCUUCCACCAGAUUAUCAUGUCAGUUUAAUUGACAUUGGCCUUGUGCUGGAGUACCUCAUGGGUGGGGCUUAUCGUUGUCAUUACACUAGAAAAACCUUCAGGACCCUCUACAACAACUUAUUUGGACCAAAGAGGCCAAAAGCCCUCAAACUUUUAGGAAUGGAGGAUGAUGAACCUCCAAGUAAAGGGAAGAAAAAAAAGAAAAAAAAGGAGGAAGAAAUUGACAUUGAUGUGGAUGAUCCAGAAGUUAGCAGAUUCCAAUACCCCUUCCAUGAACUAAUGAUCUGGGCUGUACUAUUGAAAAGGCAGAAGAUGGCUCUCUUUCUGUGGCAGCGUGGAGAAGAAACCAUGGCAAAAGCACUGGUAGCAUGUAAACUAUACAAAUCAAUGGCUCACGAGUCCUCUGAAAGUGAUCUUGUAGAUGACAUUUCCCAAGACCUGGACAACAAUUCAAAGGAUUUUGCUCAAUUGGCUGUGGAGCUUUUGGAUCAGUCUUACAAACAUGAUGAGCAGGUUGCCAUGAAACUAUUAACUUAUGAACUUAAGAACUGGAGUAAUUCUACUUGUCUGAAACUAGCUGUGGCUGCCAAACAUCGAGACUUUAUAGCACACACAUGCAGCCAGAUGCUUUUGACAGAUAUGUGGAUGGGGCGACUGCGCAUGAGAAAGAACCCAGGUCUCAAGGUUAUAUUAGGGAUUCUUUUUCCACCAACCAUUUUGUUUCUGGAAUUCCGGUCACAUGAUGACCUUUCAUUUCAUACCUCAAAAGAAUAUGAAGAAGGAAAAGAGAAAGAAGAGGAUAACAUAGAUGGGAAUGCUGAUGCCAAUUCUCGGAAAGGAGAUGAAGAGAAUGGACAUAGAAAGCAAAGGAGUAUUCCUAUUGGCACAAAGAUCUAUGAGUUCUACAAUGCCCCGAUAGUCAAAUUCUGGUUUUAUACAAUUUCCUACUUAGCAUAUUUAAUGUUAUUUAAUUAUAUUAUUUUGGUGAAGAUGGAGCGAUGGCCUUUAUUUCAAGAGUGGAUUGUCAUUUCAUAUAUCGUAACACUCGCACUUGAGAAAGUGAGAGAGAUUCUAAUGUCUGAACCAGGCAAGCUGAGCCAGAAAAUAAAGGUCUGGUUACAAGAAUAUUGGAAUAUCACUGAUCUCGUGGCCAUUUCUGUGUUUAUAAUCGGAGCAAUUCUUAGACUGCAAAAUCAGCCAUACAUGGGAUAUGGAAGAGUCAUAUACUGUGUGGAUAUUAUCUUUUGGUAUAUUCGAGUUUUGGAUAUAUUUGGAGUCAACAAAUACCUCGGACCUUAUGUUAUGAUGAUUGGAAAAAUGAUGAUUGACAUGCUGUAUUUUGUGAUCAUCAUGCUGGUUGUGCUGAUGAGUUUUGGUGUGGCAAGACAGGCUAUUUUACACCCGGACGAGGAGCCAUCAUGGAGGCUAGCCCGCAACAUCUUUUACAUGCCAUACUGGAUGAUCUACGGAGAGGUGUUUGCAGACCAGAUUGACCUAUACGCAAUGGAGAUAAAUCCUCCGUGUGGGGAAAACCUGUAUGAUGAUGAUGGGAAACGUCUUCCUCCUUGCAUUCCUGGUGCUUGGCUCACCCCAGCGAUCAUGGCCUGUUAUUUGUUGGUGGCAAACAUCCUCUUAGUAAACUUGUUGAUAGCAGUAUUCAACAAUACAUUUUUUGAAGUAAAAUCUAUUUCAAACCAGGUGUGGAAGUUCCAGCGGUACCAGCUUAUCAUGACAUUCAAUGACCGACCCGUUUUACCACCUCCAAUGAUAAUCUUUAGCCACCUCUACAUCAUUCUGAAGCGCCUUUGUUGCCGCUGCAAAAAAGGACAAGAAGGAGAACAGGAUGAGCGUGACAGAGGGCUGAAGCUGUUUCUAAAUGAAGAAGAACUAAAAAAACUCUAUGAGUUUGAAGAACAAUGUGUAGAGGAAUACUUUCAAGAGAAGGAAGAUGAGCAGCAGUCAUCAAAUGAUGAGAGGAUUCGGGUUACGUCUGAAAGAGUUGAAAAUAUGUCCAUGAGGUUGGAAGAAGUCAAUGAGCGGGAGCAUUUCAUGAAGGCCUCUCUGCAAACAGUGGAUCUUCGUCUUUCUCAGCUAGAAGAACUUUCUGGUAGAAUGGUGAAUGCACUUGAAAAACUUGUUGGAAUAGACAAGUCUGAAUUAGUUCACAUGCGCUCACGAGCUUCCUCAGUCUGUGAUGCAGCUUAUCUUCUAAGACAAGGCAGUUUGAACAGUUCUGAUGGCAACAGCAUAUAUAAAUACCAUGGAGAGGGAGAUGAAGUAGCAGGAGAUGACAGCACAGGGUCAAUGUCACCUGCAUUGGGGUUAAGAAAAAAAGCUUACUCUUUUGGGAUGAAAACAGAAAGUGAAAAUGAUCAAAAAGCCCAGUUAGUGCCGCGGCAGGCCAGUCUACGUUAUGCUUCAAGCGCUAAUGCUGUUGCAACUAAAGAUUUGAGCAAACUGACUUUAGGAAUUGUUUCACAAACUACAAGACCAGUUUCUUGUAUUGAUACAUGGACUCCAGAAUGUGAUAAUCAACAAGAAAGCAAGGAAGACACUGAUGGAGAAACAAUUGUCCAAAAUGAUGUCAUCAUAAAUGGUCAGUCGCUUAUAAAUGUUCCUUCUCCUGACUUUCCCAACUCUCAUUUAACAGUUGCAAGGACAAAACUAGAAGCCACAAUAUCCUACCCCUUAGAGAAAUCAAAAGCUGCAAGAUAUUAUCCUGGCCAGUCAUUUAACACUUGUCAAACAACUAUGACAAAAUCUAGAAGUUAUAUAUUUACUCAGGCUGGUAAACUAGUUGGUGGUGUUAAUAACUGGACAACGGAGUACAGCACAAUUAUGGACCAAAUUUGUCCAACUUCAGUAGAAGAUUGGGCCAACCAGUUCAGCUAUCAAGAUGCUUCUUGCAAGGACAAUCCAGAACUUCCCAACAUUGAUUCAGAAGCUGAGGUCCAAGCUGAGCUUAAACCAUUGCUAACAGAUACAGAAGAUGAAAGUGAUGUUGGAGAAAUAGGAAACAGUGCCUCCUUCCCUUGUGUACCUUUCCCUGAAAAGACAGAAAACCUACUCUCUGUAAAGUCAGAAAGGAAUUUUGACUUUGCUUCUCCUAGAUCAAAGAGUUUAUAUGGUCAUUCUAGAAAGGUACGAUCCUUAAUGGAUAAACUAGAAAGACCUGGACAUGCCAGUAGUGUCAUGAACAUUGUAGUGGCCUGUGGAAGUGCUACAGAAGACUCAAAGGCAAAAAAAGAAAGUACAUCAACAGAAACAGAGUGUUAAUGUAAAUGUGUGUGUGGUAAACUGAUUAGUAAAAUGGGGGAUGCCAAUCACAAUGAAAUAUUGUAAUGAUUUAUCCCAUUUCACAUAUACCUUCAAAAUAUAUAGAAAUAUCUAAUAAUUUUUAGACCACCUGCCAUUGAGGUGUGGUACUACAAUUUAUUCAAUGCUACAGUCUAUGCAAUCCUAUUACAACAAAUAGCAAACUCAACUUUUUAUAUUCCACUUUAUAAUGCUCUAUUUUUAAAUGAGUGAAUGAACAAAUUAAUGAAAAAAACUAACAGAUUUACCACCUCUUAUUAGCUAGACAUAUUAGAUAUAGAUAGAAUAAACAAAAACUAGUGUUAGAAGUACUAACAGUUUCUUUUAGGAAGCAACAAAUACAGUGAAACCUCUUUAAGUUGACCACCCAAAAUGACACUGAAAAGUGAUCUUCUCAAAGAAGAUGUCCUGUGUGCACAAUAUAUGGUGAGACUGAAAAUCUGUCAUGGAAAGUGGUGGUGGUCUUCUCAAAGAUGUGUUCUUUUUGGGAUGUUUCACUGUACUAUAUAGAUUAUACUUUAUUUUUUAUUUUUCUUGAAACUAUAGCCUCAUGCCCAGAUUGUUACAGAAGUAUUAUACCCAAGAAGCAAUGCUCCUCUGUAAUACAACAUUUAGUGGAGAAUGCUAUGAUGUUUUUCUUUUGGAUUGGAAGUGUAAAACUACUUGUGCAUGAGCCCUACAUCUGUGUAAAGUGACCUAAACAUCCAAUGUCUACGACCUAUAACACCAGAAAUGUAACAUAUUAUGAAUUAAUGCAAAGCAUUUACAUUUUUUAUAAUCUGUUACAUCCUAAUAUUACAUAGAAAUAUCCAAUUAUAGUUGAAUGUACACAUAAAGUAUCAUUAAAUGAACAUUAAGAUAUUAAAAACAUUAAAACACAUUAAAAACAAUUAAAUCCCUUAAAUAUUCUAUUGAUAGUUGAAAUUUGGGACCAUGAUGAAUGUUAUCAAAACUAAAAUAAAAUAAAAUAUCUACUAUGAUAGAUGAAUCCCACUCCUUUGAAGGAAAAGACAACGGCUCAAUGGUGAAUGGUUCUAGAUGCUACAAAAUGUACCAGAGUGGUUGAUACUUUGUUAGCCCCAAUAGCUAUCACAUACAGGCACCCACAGUGCAGUUAAGAACCACAACUGCUUGAGUAGUGAAUAUAAAAAUGAUUAUACUAAGGGUGCUGCCAUACAUUCAGGUUUAGCCAAAUUCAGGAGUAGAUCAAGUAAGCAGCGAUGAGUGAAUUUCUUGAAAUUCCAUUUGGAUUCAAUUCAGCCAAAUCGGUUAGG